UAGGAAUUAAUUGAACACAAAUGCACAAUUAACAGGCAGCCCAUCAUCUCUCUUACUCUCUCGGACCAGAUCCCUAUUUACAAGAGAAAAACAACCCAUGAAAAAUCCACUCGGUACUCCACCGAUUUCAGAGAAGUAACAAGCAUUCCUUGCUCCAGCUUAACGCUCUUGAGCCUCAAAAUCCAAUCUUUUGCUCAAAGAGGGAGAAAUCUGAGCUUUGGUUUGAUCGAGUGUAAGACACAUACAUAGGUUUUGGUUGCACUGAGCUGAGAAUUUGGGUGUUUAGUUUAAGGAACUAUGGAGGAUGGGACUCCGAAUUCGAUGAAUCUUGAUCUUAAUUUGGGUCCUGUUGAUCAUCCAAAUGGUGAAGUGGUUCCUGAGCCUGGACCAUUACCCACUCAGAAUAUUAAUUUGGAGGAGAUUUUUGUUAGGGAAAGGAGACAAUUUGAUCCCGAAUCGUUUCCAAUUGAGAAUAUUAAUUUGGAGGAAUUCCUUGAUGGUAGAGUUAGGGAAGCAGUUAGGCAAAGGAGACAGAGGAGGCAACGUUGGCGGUCCAUGUGGAGAGAGUUUCCAGUCCCGCCUGAAACUAGAAACAUUGCAUUGGAAUUGAUUGGUGGGAGCAGAUUGCAGACUGGCGAGGCUAGUAUUGCUGCAGAGGAGAGGCCUGCAGAAGUGACCAAAACAUGUGAUACUAACAAUUCAUGUUUGAAUGAUGAGGUAUCCGGAAAAAAAGAAGAAAAUGAAAAGGGAAACAGUGAUGAAGGUAGCUUCUUUGACUGCAAUAUAUGCUUGGAUUUGGCGAAGGAACCCGUCGUGACUUGUUGUGGCCACUUGUUUUGUUGGCCUUGCCUUUAUCGUUGGUUACAUGUCCAUUCAGAUGCAAAAGAAUGCCCUGUUUGUAAGGGGGAAGUGACGAUGAAGAAUGUGACUCCAAUUUAUGGUCGUGGGGGUAGUGCUAGGGAGACCGAAGAGGAUUCUGCACUCAAAGUUCCUCACAGACCUCAAGCACGACGGGUUGAGAGCUGGAGACAAACCAUUCAGAGGGCUGCAGCAUUCACCAUCCCGAUGGAAGAAAUGAUUCGUCGACUUGGCAGUAGAUUUGAUUUGAGCCAGAUGCAGCCUCAAAGUCUUGAUGGCUCCCACGAAUCUCCUGAGCGAAGCAACUCCUUGCUCAACCGCAUUCUUACCUCAAGGGGACGCAGAGAACAGAACCCUGUCUUGCCAUCUGAUGACGUGGUUAACUUGGCAGGUCCUACUGAUUCAGAUAUUUUGGAAAGCCUGGAAAACCCAGAAAACCGGCGACUUUCAUCUCUUCUACUACGCAGAUCAAAUUUGCAUCGAGCUGCUAGUGUUGCUAACCUUAAUACUGCUGAAAGGCUGCUUGAAACAUAUUUCCGUAGCACUGACAGAAGUCAGGAGCAGGCUCUACCAGUCGACGACAGAGAUUCUGUUUCGAGCAUUGCAGCCGUUAUUCACUCCGAGAGUCAGACGGUAGAUACUGCUGUCGAAAUAGAUUCUACAGUUUCUCUUUCCACCUCAUCUUCCAGAAGAAGAAAUGAUGCUUCUAGAAUUUCAGAUGUUGAUAGUGGAGAUUCACGCCCGCUUAGAAGGAGGAGACUGCACUGAUCGCCUCAUCCUCCUAUUCUCACUUUCAGUAGUUUAAAUUUCUUUCAGCAUAGCAUUUGCUCAAGUAUAAACUGCCAUUAUACAUAGGCAUGCUUUAAAAAAUAUCGAACUUGCUCUCGUGGACAACUCACAUGAGGUAUUCUUAAUGCAUUUCUAAGUUUUGCUUAUUCUAUAAAAUAUAUCUUUCCUUUUCUUCAA